AUGGAGACACCCUGCGCCCCUCAGCUUGUGGCCAUGGGACCCUUUCACAGGGGCACCAGAAGCGACCUGCAAAUCAUGGAACAGACCAAAUGGCAGUACGUGCAUGAUCUCCUUGCUCGUAUGGAGCACCAGAGCAAUGCAGCGUCCGUUGAAAUCUGCAGUGAGGCCCUGAAAACGAUAGAGCCUAUAAUUCGAGCGAGCUAUGGGGAGAAAAUAGACAUGGGAGCAGAGGAGCUUUCCAGAAUCAUGUUACUUGAUGGCUGCUUUCUCUUAGAGCUUCUGCUGAAGCUCAAAGAGAAGGAGACUGAUGAUCCACAGAAGCUCGAAGAGAAGAAGACUGAUGAUCCUUCCAUGUAUAACAAGGAAAAGUCGUUGCGUCGUCUUCUCACAGAUCUCACGCUGCUGGAGAACCAAAUCCCUUUCGCCGUUCUCACAACUUUGUCCUCAAAACUUUUAGGACUUCCGGGGGCUGCUCAGCGACCACAACUUGCCAGUCUACGUGCAUUUUCUCGGCAAGUUCACGGCGAGGUCAAACUUUCUCCGGAAAAUAUUGCCGAGUCGCUCCUUAAAUGCAACGUCGCCACCGUUGACUUCUCCAAAGGUGUUUAUCAUUUCCUUCAUCUCAUCCACUUGUGCUCCCCUGAUCCCUAUGGAAAAGAGGAACCCAGGACAGAUCCACCAAAACUGCAGCGCUGCGCUAGAAAGCUCCAAGCUUUUGGAAUCACGAUUACCGCGUUACAAACUAACGAUUCUCAAGGCAAACACAAACAAGGAACUCUGGCUUCUGCACUAAUGGAAUUCGUGGACAACUUCGAAUUCAAAAUAGUAUUUAAUGCAACGGAGCGAGAGCUGAUCAUCCCGCCGCUGCACAUAAAAGAAGCGACAGAGGUGAAAUGGAGGAAUUUGAUUGCUUGGGAGCAAAUUGGGCUGAAGGGAAUCGGCUACAAAUUCACCUCCUACGCUUAUUUUUUCAAAGGUUUGGUCUGUUCUGUUCAUGACAUCAAACUGCUUAAAGACAGAGGAGUGAUAAGAGUGCAUAAGGAGGCGAAGGACGAGGAUUUGCUUAUUAUGUUCCAAAGCAUCAUAACCGGGGAGAAACGAGCGGAUUCCAGAUACAGAGAAGUAUGCGAGAGAUUGAACAACGCGGAGGUGAAUGGAGUGGCAGGACGUUGUGCGCUCAUGUUCAGAAUGCCGUGGCAUUAUUGGCGGCUUUUUCUGGAAUGGCUUCGACGCAGACUAUCAACAACCUAUCUUGGCGCGCUCCGACGUACCUAUUUGGAGGCUCCAUGGAAGACCAUCGGAGUUGUUUACGCUACAAUUCUGCUUAUUCUCACUGUUAUGCAGGUCAUUUAUGCGGCACGUGGCCAGUGA